AUGACCAUGUUGUCAACUGCAGCGCUCGAUGCGCUGAAAACCAAGCUCGAAGCCGCCUGCAGCGACCCCGAAAAGGGCCUGCCAGGCGCUUCAGUUGCAGUUGUUGGAAAGGAUGGCCGCCAAUUAUUUUCUCAUGCCGCGGGGCAGCGAGGCUUGCGAGCCUCCGAAACCAUGGAUCAGGACACCGUCUUUUGGAUCGCCUCAUGCACCAAACUCAUUACCGCCAUUGCAUGCAUGCAACUGGUUGAGCAGGGCCGGCUUCCUCUAGAUGAUCCGGAUUCCAUUGAGCGUAUCUGUCCUGAGUUGAAGGAUGUUCAGGUCUUAAGGGAUGAUGGCACCUUGGAGGAGAAGGAGGAUCGCAUCACGCUGAGGAUGCUAUUGAGCCAUACUGGUUCGGAAUCACACUAG